GAGGCUAGCAUCCUUAGCAGGAUCAACACAGCAGACUUUCAGAGCAGCACAAAGAUCGAGGCCCUCCGUGAAGAGUUGUUCCGCAUGAGGCAAGAAGACCCUUCAUCCAAGGCGAUCGUGUUCAGCCAGUUCACCAAGAUGCUGGAGUUACUACAUUUUAGGCUUGAGCAGGUGGGUCUCAAGUGUGCCAAGCUGGAUGGCAGCAUGUCCAUGGACGUGCGAGAUAGGAUGAUCACCAACUUCACAGAAGACCCGGACGUCGUUGUGUUCCUCAUGAGCCUGAAAGCGGGUGGCGUGGCGCUCAACUUGACCGCUGCCUCCCACGUCAUGCUGAUGGACCCGUGGUGGAACCCCGCUGUGGAGCAGCAGGCGCAAGACAGGAUACACAGGCUCGGUCAGUACAAGCCCAUCCGCGUCACGAGAUUCAUCAUCGCGGGCACAAUCGAGGAGAGGAUCCUGAAGCUCCAAGAAAAGAAGCAACUCGUGUUCGAAGGCACGGUCGGACGAGACGCCGAAGCCCUGGGCCGCCUCACAGCGGACGACCUCUGCUUUCUUUUCGGGUGA